AUGAGGAGAAGCAGGGAGGCUGAAUUGGUCAGGUACCGUUCCCAAUGUGGGCUCCUUGACAUCGACGGCAUGGACUCUACAACGUUCAAACUCAUGUUCCGGUUCCAGAAACAUGACUUCAACGAUCUCUGUAGUGCUCUGCUGGUGCCGCGGGAGAUCACCACAGCACAAAACGUGAGGUUGUGUGGCCGAGAGGCUCUGUGCGUGUUGCUGCGGAGGCAGGCGUAUCCCAACAGGUGGUGUGACUUAGAGGGGAUUUUCGGGCGUCACUCAUCAGUCAUGUCAUGUGCUACUUCGCGUCUCAUGGACCACAUCCUGAGCACCUUCGGACAUCUGCUGACAGACGUGAACAACCACGAAUGGAUAUCGCCUGCCUCACUGAAGGAAUUCGCCGGCGCUGUUGAAGACAAGGGUUCUCCCUUGCCCAAUUGCUGGGCCUUCAUCGACGGCACUGCCCGUCCAAUUUGCCGUCCAAAAAGAAACCAGAAGCUUUACUAUUCCGGCCACAAGAGAAUGCACAUGGUGAAAUACCAAUCGCUUAUGUGCCCCAAUGGCAUUGUGUGCCAGCUUGAUGGGCACUACCCAGGGAGCUGGCAUGAUGCAAGUGAGUUUUUCCGUUCACCCACAACACACACUUCACUGUCGAAGCAACUGUUAUUGUACGAUAAGAGGAAGUGCAGAGGUAUUCUACCACCUAUUUGUUACGGUGCGAACCCGUACCAAUGGCAGACGUCCCAAAAAUUAACACUUGAAAAUCGAAUAUUCCGGGAAACCGGAGUGUAUACAAAGUUGGAGAGGCUCACUGGAAAUGAGGACUUCGUGGUGUACGGGGACCCUGCGUACCCACUUCGCCCACUUCUAAUGAAGCCAUAUGGUGGCUCACAUCUGUCGCCUGCUCAGCAGGCGUUCAACUGCGGCAUGAGUGCUGUCCGUGAGGCCGUAUAG